GCGGCGCCACGUCCGGAGAGUCCGGAGAGUCCCGGCUCGGGCUGGGCGUCUGGGUGCGGCGGGGCUCGGGGCUUUGUACAGCGGUUCUACGCACCCAGUGUAGACAUGGCGGCCCAGAAGGACCAGCAGAAGGAUGCGGAGGUGGAAGGGCUGAGCGCCACGACCCUGCUGCCCAAGCUGAUUCCCUCCGGCCCAGGUCGGGAGUGGCUGGAGCGGCGCCGCGCGACCAUCCGGCCUUGGGGCGUCUUCGUGGAUCAGCAACGUUUCUCGCGACCCCGCAACCUGGGCGAGCUUUGCCAGCGCCUGGUACGCAACGUGGAGUAUUACCAAAGCAACUACGUGUUCGUGUUUCUGGGCCUCAUCCUUUACUGCGUGGUGACCUCCCCCAUGCUGCUGGUGGCUCUGGCUGUCUUCUUUGGCGCCUGUUACAUUCUCUAUCUGCGCACGUUGCAGUCUAAGCUUGUGCUCUUUGGCCGGGAGGUGAGCCCAGCACAUCAGUACGCCCUGGCUGGCGGAGUCUCUUUCCCCUUCUUCUGGCUGGCGGGGGCUGGCUCUGCUGUCUUCUGGGUCCUGGGAGCCACCCUGGUGAUCAUCGGCUCCCAUGCUGCCUUGCACCAGAUAGAGCCGGCAGAUGGAGAGGAGCUGCAGAUGGAGCCUGUGUAAGGCUGCAGAGCCCGCCCGCCUCGCAGGCUGUCCCGCCUUCCUGUUCUUGUCCUGCCUGGCCUUGCCACUCUGCUCAGAGCCUCCACCUCAGGCCUCAAGCCCUAGGAGAGGCUUUGUCUUUGGAAAUAAAGUUGUUAACAGUUGCUUACAGCUGCUACUUGGCAAA